AUGCUUGCAGGUGUGCCAGAGGACCUGCUGCCUAUAUUUCUUCAAGCCAGAACUAAUUGGCAGUUGGUGAUGCACACCGUUACAGAAGGCCUGCAAUUAGCAUACAUGCUUGCUAGAUCCGAUGAAUUUGAGCAUCUGGUAGAAUCAGGCAAGUUUGGCUCAGACUUUCAAAAGACAAAUUCUCCAGCUGCUGCUGCCAUUAUUGCUGUACCUCCACAAUCCAAAAUAAAAGACAAGCUUGUUGCAGGCAUAGAAUGCAAGGUAGUUGCCCAUAUUGUGGAUGCUCUGGUGCCUGCAGUGGAGAGCAUGAUAAUAUCAGUAUUCAUGCAUACUGAUUACAAUCACAAGACAACAGUGAGGUUUGGUAUAGAGAACAAAUGUGUAGAAAUAAGUGUGAAGCCAAUGGCAUGUACCAAUGAGUUUACCAGCAGCAAGACUGGGCAGGGUACAAUCAUUCUAGGCACAACCAGUCACCUUCAGCAGACAGCAACUAGCUUGCAGUUGUUAGAUGCUAAUGACCUUGGUAGCAACCUGUCAAAAGCUAUCGACAUUUUGAGUAUGACUAGCAGGCUAAUUGAUGGUCUUCCCGGCAACAAGACACUGUUCUCUGUGCUCAUGACUAAUGCCAUCGAGAUCAGGGAGUUGAUUAAUCGGCCAGAGUUAGAGUAUAUCAUGAAAACUCUAGCUCCAUUGAAUGCACCAGAGGACAUAGUCAUCCAGAUUGUAGCAUGUCUGGUAUUCAUGACUUACUUGGAAGAUGGUGAAGGUCUUGCAAACAAGGUGGCCAUUCUAUACUUCCAGAGCCCAGUAAAUCAUAGACUGGUAUUCAGGCACAUAUCUGGUCAUGAUUUGCACAAGCUCAAGGAAGAGGUGAUAGAGAUGGCCGGCCAGUGA